AUGAUGCAAAAUUUGAUCAAGUUCUUCACUGGCACAAUUCCAACAGUUUUUGUUAUUAAACAGAUGCAGCUGGAUCUUGUUGACACAGAACUUGUAUUCAAGAAUAUGAUUGAAUUAGAUGUGAUAAAUGCAAGAGCACGAUAUAGCAUGUCAUUUGGCGGCUCAUUUCCUGAUAUAUACUUACCUAAGCCGCACGAUAUUGGCUUCAACACUGCUGCUCCCACUCUUUCCAAGGAAGCAGCUACAGCUUCGGCGUCUCAUCCAACUCAGAGGAAGUGGACUUUGUAUCUUCACAAAAUUUAUCAUCCUUUGCUAGUUCAGCAACACAAGCAGAAACUUCAGAAGGCCAAGAAGGCUGUCAGUGAUGCCAAUGCUGAAAUCAGGAGGAGGAGACUAGGUGGAAGCGUCACCGAUAAGAAAGAAGCAGAUUUGUACAUAUCAAAUUUGGAAAAACAGGUUAUUGAGAUAAAGCAAUCCGCACCUGUUCCUACUGAUGUAUUUGUUGGUCAAGACACUCGAGUUGUUGUGAUAACGGGGCCAAAUACCGGCGGCAAAACUAUUUGCUUGAAGACUGUUGGAUUGGCUGGCAUGAUGGCAAAAUCAGGUCUUUAUGUACUAGCUUCUGAACCAAUAAAGAUCCCUUGGUUUGAUUAUGUCUAUGCUGAUAUUGGGGAUGAACAAUCCUUGUCUCAGUCUUUAUCUACCUUCUCCGGUCAUUUGAAACAAAUUAGUGAAAUCCUAUCUAACUCAACAAAUUUAUCCCUUGUCCUAUUAGAUGAAGUUGGGGCCGGAACUAAUCCCUUAGAAGGUGCAGCACUGGGAAUGUCAGUACUUGAGGCCUUGGCCGAAGGUCCUAUGCUUACAAUGGCAACAACACAUAUUGGAGAACUUAAAACACUUAAAUACAGCAAUAAAGCGUUUGAAAAUGCAUGCAUGGAGUUUGAUGAAACGAACUUGAAGCCCACUUUUAGGAUUCUUUGGGGAGUACCAGGGCGUUCAAAUGCGAUAAAUAUAGCUGAAAGGCUUGGAAUUCCAAGAGACAUUUUGGGAAAUGCUCGUGAACUUUAUGGAGUGGCUAGCGCUGAAAUUAAUGAGAUUAUAGUUGAAAUGGAGAGAUUCAAGCUGAAUUUCCAUACGCAAAUCCAGGAAGCACAACAGUAUCUGACGUUGGCGAAAAACCUUCAUCGGAAUCUGUUGUUGGCUAACAAGAAGAUAAUUGAACAUCGACUUAAUCAAAGGCAGCUGAUGGCGCAGGAAGUAUUGAAGGUAGCAGCUGAUGCGCGUUCAAGGCUUCAUUCGAGGGUUCGACAACUUCGUCUAUCCCCUAAAGAUGGCCGAUUACAUAACCAAGCGGUUAAAAGAAGUGAGAACACUGUGACAUCUGGUGUUCAGUCAAGUAUAUCAGGGAGAAGCGAAACAACCUCUACGGUAACUGAGACUUCAACCACCAAGAAUAAUAUUAGGGAGCCGGUUUCAGGUAAAAAGAGAGCUGUAAUUCCGAGGGAAGGCGACAAAGUGGUUGUUCGUUCUCUCAACAGGGAAGCAGUAGUCCUAAAAGUGGAUGCAUCCAAAGAAGAGGUAGUAGUUCAAGCUGGAAAUAUGAAGCUGAAGCUGAAACUCGUCGACAUAAGUUGA